CCGAGCGUGGGCUUUCCGGCCAGAAACUCCGGGGCUACAGGCCGCUCACCUUUAGACACCGUACUCUUUGGAGACAGACUACAGGCCCGGGGGCGGGCCCUACGAGGCGCGCUCCUCCCACACUGGAGUCAAGUUUACUGGGAACCGAGCUGCCUGGCCGGACGCACCGUGGCCUAGUGGCCCGGAGGAUUCCAUUCGCCUGACCCGGCCCGGUUUGACCCAGUCUGGGCGUGCCAUGUUCGCGCGUGGGUCCCGGAGGCGCCGCUCGGGACGUGCGGCUCCUGAGGCAGAAGACCCCGACCGGGGCCAGCCCUGCAAUUCCUGCAGGGAGCAGUGCCCGGGCUUCCUGCUACACGGCUGGAGAAAGAUCUGCCAGCAUUGCAAAUGCCCGCGGGAGGAGCACGCAGUGCACACUGUGCCUGUGGACCUGGAACGCAUCAUGUGCCGGCUCAUCUCAGACUUCCAGCGCCACUCCAUGUCUGAUGACGACUCAGGCUGUGCCUCAGAGGAGUAUGCCUGGGUGCCUCCUGGCCUUAAGCCUGAGCAGGUAUACCAAUUUUUCAGCUGCCUCCCAGAGGACAAGGUCCCCUAUGUUAACAGUGCUGGGGAGAAAUACAGGAUCAAGCAGCUGCUGCACCAGUUGCCCCCACAUGACAGUGAGGCACAGUACUGCACAGCCCUGGAAGAGGAGGAGAAGAAAGAGUUGCGAGCCUUCAGCCAACAGCGGAAACGGGAGAAUCUGGGGCGGGGCACUGUGCGCAUCUUCCCAGUGACCAUCACUGGGGCAAUCUGUGAGGAGUGUGGAAAACAGAUCGGAGGUGGGGACAUUGCGGUGUUUGCCAGUCGAGCAGGACUUGGGGCCUGCUGGCAUCCACAGUGCUUUGUGUGUACCACAUGCCAGGAGCUGCUUGUUGACCUCAUCUACUUCUAUCAUGCUGGCAAGGUCUAUUGUGGGCGCCACCAUGCUGAGUGUCUGCGCCCUCGCUGCCAAGCAUGUGAUGAGAUCAUCUUCUCCCCUGAGUGUACAGAGGCUGAGGGCCGGCACUGGCACAUGGGUCACUUCUGCUGUUUCGAGUGUGAAACUUCACUAGGAGGCCAGCGCUAUGUCAUGCGUCAGAGCCGCCCACACUGCUGCUCCUGCUAUGAGGCUCGCCAUGCUGAGUACUGCGAUGGCUGUGGGGAGCACAUCGGCCUGGACCAAGGCCAGAUGGCUUAUGAGAGCCAACACUGGCACGCCUCAGACCGCUGCUUCUGUUGUAGCCGCUGUGGGCGAGCCCUACUGGGCCGCCCUUUCCUGCCACGCCGUGGCCUAAUCUUCUGCUCACGAGCCUGCAGCCUUGGAUCGGAGACCACCGCUCCGGGUCCGAGUCGCUGCAGCUGGAGGGCGGGCACAGUCAGUACACCGCUCACAGCUUCCACCGCCUCUUUCCCGGCUGCGGAGGGAGCUGAGACAGCCAGCAAAGGCGCCGGUACUGAAGCAGCAUCUGCAGCAGACCCUGAGGAGCCCUCCCGUUUUCUGAGAGGGGCCCCCCACCGCCACUCUAUGCCUGAGCUGGGGCUCCGCAGUGCUCCUGAGACACCCACAGAGUCCCCUGGACGUUCUGACCCGCGCCCCGACAAUAGUGCCUUUGGUCGCCAGAGUACCCCACGUGUCAGCUUCCGCGAUCCUCUGGUGUCUGAGGGAGGUCCACGACGGACCCUGAGUGCACCUCCCGCCCAGCGCCGCAGGCCACGCAGUCCCCCACCCAGGGCCCCCAGCCGCCGACGCCGACGCAGCCACCACCACUACCACCCUGGCAGACGCGGCCACCAUCGACGCGGCUUGGGAUCGGGUUCUGACUCAGGAUCUUGCUCCAGCUCACCCUCCAGCCCCAGUUCUGAGUCCUCUGAGGAUGAUGGCUUCUUCUUGGGUGAACGUAUCCCGCUGCCCCCGCACCUGUGCAGGCCCAGGACCUCUCAGGACACUGCAACUGAAACAUUUAACUCUCCAGUCCCACCCCUCACCCAGGAGUCUCGCCCAGCAACGCCCCGCCAGGCCCGAGAUAAGAACUGUGUGGUGGCUUGAAGGAAGGCAGCCCUAGAAGGGGCUCUGUUUCCCAGUUAGUGUAGAUAAUGAUCCUCCUAAACUAAGUCAUAAGUCCCCUUCCUUCCCUUCUCUUUCCUCAGUUUGUAAUAUUGAAGCAAUGGAAUAUUUCUUUGAAAAAAGGAUUGCCUUUUCCUCAAUUUCCCUCCUGAUGCUAGUAUCUACAUUUCAUAAAAGGAUUAACUUAUUCAUUAUAGAUUUUAACAAUCUGUUUAUUAUUUAUUUAUCCCUUUCAUUAUAGAUUUUAACAAUCUGUUUAUUAUUUAUCCCUCCACAGCCCACCAUACACACAGAAGAGGUUAUCUGGAGUGGGUCACUCUGAAAUUAGAGGCACCCAUCUCAUUUUGUAGCUUAUGUGGGGUAUGGUUCAGGCAGAACUGUCACCUGCUGGUACUGCAAAGGGAAGGGGGACCUAGGCACACCCAUAAAGGUGACCACACCCAGGGGAGUUGAUUGGCAG